UCAAACAUUAUCAUAACACAAAAUCGAUUGCCAGCCAUAUUGGAGGUUUUAAAAGAUUAGCAGGACAUACGAGAGACAUUUUUGUUGUAAAUAACCCCUUUUAGCCACACAUGACGGGGCAGUAAGAUGGAGAAGAUCCAUUUAGUGUUAUUUCUCGUGCUGUUCGUUGGACAUGUGUACUCAAUGUCAGAGCCCAACAUGUACGACCCGGUGAUACAGUCUCAGCGGACAAACAGACGAGGAGUACCAGUUUUUAAGGGGACGAUCGGCGAGGACCAAACAACUGUCAAACUUGAUUCCGUACUCCGGGCUUACGACAACGAUUCCACAGGCGGUGCGAAAUAUAUCUGUGGCUAUGAUGUGAUCUCGGUGAGACAUGAAGUACCAUUUGUGGUGGAUAUCAAGAACAGAGCUACAGGAGAGGCAGUGAUCAACCUCGUGGAGGGCGCACAUUUAAACUUCGAAAAGAGAGCUCGAUACAAGUUUAGUGUCAUCGCCUUUGACUGUGGAACACCAAGGAGGGAGUCAAACAAGGCUAUUUUCUUCAUCCGUGUGAAGGAUGUGGACGAAUUUCCACCCAAGUUCAUCCAGGACAACUACUUCGUGGAGAUGGAUGAGGGUCGCUUCUACGACUCUCUGGUGCAUGUCCGAGCCACGGAUAGUGAUCGCUCACCCGAGUACCGUGGCAUCUGUGGUUACGAGAUCCUCACCAAUAAUGUCCCUUUUACUAUUGACAGACGAGGUAACCUGAGAAACACAGAAGUGAUACACUAUAAGCAGCACCACAACUUCAUCCUCGAGCUGGUCGCAGUGGAUUGUGGAGGAAAGCGCUCCAAGAAGGCCGUCAUCAACAUUAAGAUGAGGGAAGUGUGCAAAAGUGGAUGGCAGGAUAUUCCAGAUCAUAUCAACUAUGAUGCCGGUAGUGGACAGGUCAAACUGGUUCCCGGGGCGACCCUCAAGUGGUGUGACAACACCUGUAUGCCACAGAAGGUCAAGGUCAAGAUGCACCUAGCAACCAAACAUAUUGGCAAGGGGUGUGACCGUGACACCUACUCCAUUGUCUCGCAGAGAAAACUUUGUGGAGCCAAUGAUAACAGUGUUGACCUCCUGCCAUCUCCAAGCCUGACGACCACCUACACUAGUACACUCCACGUCGAUGAUGGCCACGAGAGCGACCAGAUCUUCUACUUUGAUGGACAGACAAAUGCAGUGGAGGUACCCACAUCUCACUUCAACCAUUCGCUGCAUCAACACUUUACCAUAUCUACAUGGAUGAAACACGAGUUUGAGGAUUGGACUGUCAGUCCUGAUGGACGUCCAGAGAAAGAACACAUCGUGUGCAUGUCCGAUGGUGAAGGUAUGAACCGCCACCACUAUUCUUGGUUUGUCCAUGGUGAGAAACUUGUGUUUCUUCUGCGUCGUGAGGCAGAGGAUGAGGAGGAUAUGGAAGUCUUUAAGCCAGCCGAGUGGCGCUGGCGUUUACCUCAAAUCAAUGACGGAGAUUGGCAUUACUAUGCCAUCAGUGUUGAUUUUCCACACGUACGACUCUACAUUGAUGGCAAGUUACUAAUCCCAGACCAGGCCAACAUGGAGGUCGUAGAUGACUGGCCCCUCCACAACACAGUCAAAGUUCAUUCCACCAAACUGGUUGUUGGUGCAUGCUGGCAGGGUGGCAAAAAUAAGUUUGAGCACUACUUGCGAGGAUUCCUAGCAGGUCUAUCGAUUCUUAAGGGACAAACCGAGAGUGACCGAGUCAUCCACUGUCUUAACAGCUGUAAAGAAAAUCUGGACUUCAAGGGAACAAAAGCUCUGCUGACUGGCUCAUCUGUGAGCUACAACAGUGAGAUGACAGAGUUCACCAUUGAGGGCAAAAAUGUGACCAAGGUCCAGAAUCUGGUCCGAGAUAUUGUCUACCUCAACGCCCGGCAGUUCCCCACCCCAGGGCGCCGCAACAUUGACAUUUCAACCAAUGUCCACUGUAAUGGUAAGGAGGUGAUCCUGCCUAUAGCGGAGACCUAUGUGAUGGUGAAUCCAGCCCCAAUCCCUUCCAUUUCUCUAUCUGGACCCCACAUUGUCCAGUCUACUGCCUCCCAACUGCUGUCAGGUCAGAGAGUCUUCAGUGGCAUUCAUAUUGGGGUCGACUUCCUGCUGCAUAAUGGACUUUCUCCCGAUGAGGAUGAGGAUGAAGAUGAAGAAGAGGAAGACGGAACAAUGCCAUCAAAAAUACAGAAAUUACAAGACAAGUUAUCCCGGACAAGAAACCAACAAGAGACAAUUGAAAAGGACAUUCCACGACAAGACAUCCUACUGGACACAUGUACUAUCAGAGCUGAUCCCCCACUGGACUUCCGCGUGGAACACCUCAAUCUUCCUGAAAGCACGAUCUCUCGUUUCAAUAUGCACCUAGAGGGAAGUGAGACCAACAGUGGCCUCGUUAUUACAAAUGCCGAUUCUAAGGAAAACUACGAGAGAGUGAUGCAGGAGCUUUACUAUUUCCAUAACAAGGGUAACUCCCUCAACAGCCGAAAAUUCAUUCUCAGCUGUUCUUCACAAAGUGGACGCUUCAUUAGCAACCAACUGGAGGUCAAGAUUGUGUCUGUCCACAACGAGCCAAGGAAGAUCGUCCACGCCCAUGCUCAAGAGAAUCACAUCCAGCAGUUUAAGCUGGAGAACAGCGUCAGUGGUAGUGUGCCAGUCGGAGUGGCAGCCCAUGCUUCCCCAAAUGUUGGAAUGGUGGCCAUCAUAGUCGUGUGUGUGGGAUUCCUGCUGUUUAUGAUCAUCCUGGGCGUGAUUCGUAUCCGGGCAGCACACCGACGUACCGUGGUACAGGUGGAAGAUAAGAUGAUGGAGAUGGAGUGGGAUAACUCGGCCCUCAACAUCACCGUCAACCCGAUGGAACAGAAGGAGGUAAGGGAACAGGUAUUUGAAUAUGAAGACGUUCCUAUGAAAUUGCGAGACGAUUCGGAUAGUGACGACGAUAUUGAUAGUUAUCACGAUGAUUGUGAUAGCUCCGACGAGGAAGAUGAGGAAGUGGUUGUAAAGAAGCUCAAAGAUCUGGAGUGGGACGAUUCAACGUUAUCUUUCUGAGGCUGUGGCCUUCACUACGAUCUGAAAGAAAUCGGAAACAUCCAUGCAGUAGAUGUUAACAAUCAUUGACAUGUAAUUUUUAUCCGGACAUAAUCGAGACAACUUGUCACCAUUUAAAGCAUACAUGUUUUUAUGCAUAAUGUUAAUUUAUACGACAAACGUCGUGAAGCAUAAAUCAUAAAAUUUAUGCAUAAUUCAUCCAGUGACGUUUACUUGCACCUAUCAAACAAUUUUGGGACACGAAGUUACCCAGGUACCAAAACUUUCAUUGUGAACACUACCAUGAUAAAAAUAUUUUACAAAGUGAUUUUGUACACAUUUUCUAAGUUGCAAAAUGUUUUUUAUGGAGAAAUAGGUGUUAAAACAAGAGGAAAUCGCUGUCCAUACUUAUUAUAUUGAACAUGCUUUUUGGCAUGAUGUGUUACAGUCUCAGAAGAAAGGCAUGACUGUGGAUAGAAAAGGAAAUGGCAGUUUACACUUUUGUUAUGAAUGAAAAAUGUCGCUCUAGUUUAAUUAGCUUUAUGGCCAGUUUAAAUGGGGUGUCGUGAGAAAGCACUAGGUACACCUUAGGUUAUUAGUUACAACGAGGCGCGUAGUACAAGGAUUUGUGUUAUUCAGGGAUGAGGAACGAAAACGAUAUUCUUUGUUUCAGUAUUGCUAUUGAAUUUUUUAUUUCACAAUAUCCAAAAUAUCUUAUUCCGUUCAAAGUAAUUUUGUUUUGACAUUUUUAUUUUUCAAAAUUGAUUUUGCUUCAUUUGUUACCUAUCGUUUUGGAUGUGUAAGUUUGCAAUAAUUCCACACAUCGCCUACGCUACCCGUUUAAUUUUUCAUCCUGAAUAAAAAAAAUAUAUUCACAAAUUUUAAUUAAUUUACAACACAAACUUAUACGCUUUAUUUUUCUUUAUUAAAAUAAAUAAAUAUAUAAACUUAUCCAUUCCAUGUAAAUAUGGGCUAAACCUAGAGAUCAUCGAUGAAUGGUUAGUAAAUCUGGACUGGACGUCCGUGUUGUUUUGGAGUGAGAUACCAAGGGGAGGGUAGUGCUAUUCUUUAUUAGAACUCCUUUUCCUUGUUUUAAAGUGCUAUAUUAUCAAAGACUGGCACCGAGUUUAAUUCUGUAGUAUCUGCUAGUUUGAUAUUUUACUGCUUCUUCCAGAGAAAAGUUUGCUUUAUAAGGAUUAGUUGUGUUUUCUCCCGAGAAAACUCCCAUUUUAAGACGUAAGCUUGACAUCAUUUGUAAUGUAGCCCGUGUACAGAUUGUGUUUUGUUUUUUGUCCUUUUACAAUGUUUUAUCGAAUAUACAACUUUUUAAUUAUUUAUUCACAUCCUACAAGCUCUUUUAAAACUGGUUGUGUUUUACUGAAACUAAUAUGAAUCCUAUCAGGAUUAAUGAUGAAGUUGUGAUAAUUUUCUUUUUAUUUAUGGACAACCUACUAACACCUGUAUAGACUAAAAAACUUCAAACCACCUAAUUUUAUUUCAAAUUAUAAAGGGGUGUAUAUAUAUUUUUUUUGUAAAUAUAGGAAAAUUAUGUAAAAAGUGAAUAAAAACCCAGUACAUUCCAGGAAUUUUGAAAACUGUAUGAUGUAAAAAGGUAGACAUAUAUAUCCGUUAUAACAUUUACAACACUGUCUUAAUUAAACUUGUAUUAAAUGUGUUAUUAUGUUGAACAAUAUGAAUAUAUGUUUGAGGAGAUGGAAUGGAAAAUGUUGGUUUGACAUCCAAAAACAAUAAGUUAGCUGAUCGAUGGGGAUUGUCAGACUUCGUAAAGCACAUAUCGCCAAUAGUUGUAUAUGAACAAUAGUCAUUGUUGUGUUAACAUAUUUUAAGGGCGACCUCGUGUCAUUAACCCUCUUUUGUAUACAUUGUGUUACUGCUGUCAAGGUUACCUUGACUACCAUCAUAACUAAUGAUUAUCAUCGAUAUUUAACAGUAACACUGUAUUCAUUUUUUCUUGUGUUUGACAAAACUAUUUUGUGAUAAAACUGUUAACAUUCUUUGUUGUGAGCUUGUGUUUAUAUUGUUGUAUUACGCAGUAAGUACCUAAGUAGGUCGCUGUGACCUGAGCGAGAUAUCCUGUAAACAGAUGACUGUUCCACUGGUGUCUCAACCCGUUUUACGUGAGGUUUUCUUUGUGAUUCAUCAUCACUGUUAGAGAUGUUUUUGUCUGUUAUAUUGUUAUUUCAUCAUUUACGCCUGUAAUGGUACGGCUUUGUGAGAGUUCACUAAAUUUUUAGCAAAUGAUAUUUUAUACUUUUGUUGCUUCACAAUAUUUUUUUUAUUCUUGUGUGCAACACAUUUCUACUAUAAUGAAAUCUGGACAUUUCUUUUUAAUAUUUAUCUUCUUUCGAAAUGAUUUAAUACCAAGUUUUACAUAAUUUCCAAAUUUAUUAAUGUAAAGUUUUAUAUAAAGGAAUCAAAGCACUGAAGAUAACCCUGCAGGUCAGUCAAGCUCCACGUUGGUAUGAUUUCUUGUGACCUUUAUUUGACCUUUGUGAUUUGUUGACCUUGACCUUUGUGAUAUCAACAUUAGGGUACAUAUACAUUGAUUGGAUGUUGUAACCAUUGUAUAUACCAUCCAUCACUGUUGUAAGCAUCAACAUUUUAUAUAUUGCAGGUUUUCCUUUUUUUUCCUUCUGCUCCUGAAUGAAACAUGCCACAUUAUAAUGUAUAACUGUAAGAUCUUGUCUCCGUGAGCGAGAAUUUUCAUUUAUCAUAAACUUCUUACCAUAGCAUCUAAUACUUACAAAGAUAGCUCUAUAUACCUCAUCAUCUGUAGAAGCUCCUUCUCAAUUUCUGUCUUAUUUUGACCAUGGAACGUAUUCAGAUACUGUGAAACAGUUAGUUUUUACUUCAACAAAUCAGCAGCAUUUGUUUCUGCCCUAGGUCUGGUAUGAUGUUCUGAUUAAGACCAAAAUUUAGAAAUAAUUUAAUUAAAAAUAUUCUAUUUUUUGAUGGCUUAAGAUGAUGAGGCAUAUACUGAUCAGAAAAAAAUCGAUUUCUUUUUAUAUAAGUAGUGUUUAUCCACUCAUUAGGAGACUUAAUAAAUUUCCCAGUUGAUUUGGAACAAGACCUUGCAGUGUUGUCAAUGUUUUGUCCAAACUUACUGGUUCAAAUGGAGGAAGGUACCUUAGAAUUAAGGGAAACAACUCCAAUAUGACAUCCAAGAUUUCUGCUAUUUGUUGUCCCAUGGGUUAUGUACUAGCUUUAAUUUUAUUUACUGGUAACAUGGUGAAGAGACCAUCACAGGCAGAAAGGACAUGAUCAGGUCAAAGGUUAUCUUCCUCCAGACAAAGUUGAGUUCAGUUAUUAUAGGUUAAGGCUAAAAUCAGAAGUAUUUCUCAGUGUCACACAAAUAUUGGCAAACAUUUAUUACAAUAUCAGAUCUUACCAGCUUCUACAUAAAAUUUUGAAAUAACUGUUUGUACUUGGGUCAAUCAAUUUUAAUCGAAAUUGUGUGGUUUACAAUCGCUGCAAUGAUAUGAAAAUCAGCUAAUUGCAGCAUAAAAGACCAAUUAAAUCAAUUAAAAAAAAAAAAUCAAAAUCAAAAAGUAUGUUUUGAAUAAAGACAAAUUCCCCACCGAAACCUGAUGGUACUUAAGACUCUAGCACUGUGACAGGGGAGACAACUUCAGUAGCUGACUUUCUCAUUUGUUAUUUUAGAACAUCCAUUAUCAGCUGUUUCUUGUAAGUCUUCCUGUAAUAAAAAAAAA